UAUGCAAUAGAAUUAGGCAAACAAUCAAAAUAUUGAUGCACCAAUAUAAAAUUUUCCAAAUAGGAAAUUUGAAAUAAUAAAAACACUUGGAUAAGGAGUAUAAGGCAGUGUAUUUUUAUGUAAAUCAAAAAAUUGGGGAUUCAAUGAUUAAAAAUAAUUUGCAUUGAAAAUUCAAUAUUAAUCUAAAGCUGAUGAAAUUUAAUUUAUUGAUAAUCUUAUAGCAUAUUAAAAUCAAUAUGAGAAUUUAAUUAAUUAAGGAAAAUCAAAUUAUUAAUCAUCUGGUUUAAUUAGAAUUUAUGAGAGAUUUUAAUUUAAUAAUUAAGAUAUUAUAAUUAUGGAAGCAGGAGAAAUAGAUUUAUAUGAUUAUAUAAAAUAAUAAUAAUAGAAUUUAUCAUUUGAUUAGAAAUUAAAGAUUUUAAUUUAAGUAUAAUAAUAAUAACAAAUAUUAAUAGAUAACUUAAUCAAUAUAAUAUUUACAUUAAAAUAAUUUAAUUCAUAGAGAUAUUAAACCUGAAAACUUUAUUAAAGUUGCAGAUUAAUUUAAACUUAUUGAUUUUGGAUUAAUUAGACAUAAUGAAGGUAGGAUAAAGACAAUGGGAAUUGGUACACCUUUGUUUUAAGCACCUGAAGUUGUUGAAAAUAGUUAAAAUUACACAAAAGCAGUAGACAUUUGGUCACUAGGUUGUGUAUUUUAUGAAAUUUUGACUAAAGUAUCAUUAUUUUAAGGUAUAUAACUUUUGUAAAUAUAGGGAAAACUCAUUAAGAAUUAAUAAAUAUGAUUAAAAAUUGUAAAAUUGAUAAGAAAUAUCUAUUAGAAAGAUUAANUAGACUACACAUGAAGAAGUAACUGUUGAAAAAAUGACAUAUCUUUCUAAAGUAUUUAUUGAUAUUUAUUUUAAAAAUUAGGAAGUAGAAACCUGGAAAUAAAAAUUCAUUAUUCUUAAUAGAGAGUAUCAUGAAACAUAAGAAAAACUUAUGUUGACUGAAGCUGAAUUAGAAUCUAUCAAGAAGGGAGAAGUUAAAGAAGUUAAAGUAAUCUAAAAAUUUUAUUUAGCAAAUUGUUGUAGAAAGGAAAGAUAAUAUAGGAAGAACUGUGGAUUAUAAAUAAUCUGAAUAGGUUUAAGUUAGAAAGAGUGGCUUUUUAUCGACAUUAUAAUGAAUAAUAAUAUAAAUAAAUUUAUUU